AUGUCACAUCUUCUUUCAACCAUGCUGUUCGCAGCUACCGCAACAGCGCAAGUAACAACAUCUUUCUGGAUGCCCGCCCCUUUCCUCGAAGCAGAACACAUUGGCUGGGUCGGAUCCGUCGUCAACGCCAACAAAACACACACCACCAUCGUCGCCGACUACGACAACGGCACCGAUACCUCCGCCCUCAGUCUAGCCGGUGGCCCCCAGACCAUGACCAUCGGACCCACUAAUUUUGGUCUCGAGGUUGAGCUUCCCCCAGGUUUCAAUGGCAACUUCAACGACACCAACCAAGUUGCCUACAACUUUUACUGCGAAUGGCCUACUACAGAUGAGGCUGAUUCAAACCGCACCUGCACCAUACACUACCCUCCCGAGGUUGCUAGUGCACUUCUCUGCAACCAAGUGGAGUUCCCUUCAACUUCGGUAACGGCGUUCACGGUUACGCAUACGUAUCCCGCGCGCGGCUCUGACCCAGCGGGUACGGAAACUGUGGAGCAAUCCUUUAGCUACGGCUAUGGCUCUGGUUACAGUUCUAGAACUGAUGACCCAGCUUUUUGCAGCGGGCUUUCGAGUGGUCAGCAGCCUCAAGAGGGAUUCUCCACGGUGUAUCCCAUUGCCGCGUCGGAAAUCGAGACUUAUUACCUCGUCCUUACAGCGGGUACCGAGAAAUUGGAGGCUACCCAGGCAGCUUCUCCGACCAUGUCGAGCGCCAUGUCUACGGGCACGGGAAGUGCCGAUGCGACAAGUGCUUCUUCUGGAAGCGCGGCCUCACCCGAAGCGACGGAGGCCGGUGCGCCGAUGGUUACUGGUGCGCCCGUGUUGGUUGGACUGGGUGCUGCUGUUGCUGCGCUGCUUAUGUAG